AUGUUACUCUGGAUCCAGACACGGCAAAUCCCUACCUCGUCCUGUCCGAGGAUCGGAAACGUGUGAGAGAUGGAGACGAAGAACAGGCUCUUCCCGACAACCCUGAGAGAUUUGACACUUACCCUGAAGUUCUGGGCGCUGAGGGAUUCACGGGUGGGAGGCAUUACUGGGAGGUGGAGGUGGGAGACAAGCCUGACUGGAUUCUCGGGGUUUGUAGGGAUUCUGUCAGCAGGAAGGAGGAUAAUGAUAUAUCACCUGAGGAUGGAUACUGGGUUGUGGGGCUGUGGGAUGGGGGAAACAAGGCCCUCACCUUCCCCAGGACCCCCCUCCCCGUGAGAAUCAGGCCCAGCCGGGUGGGGAUUUUCCUGGACUAUGAGGCGGGCGAGGUCGCGUUUUACAAUGUGACUGACAGGUCCCAUCUCUUCACUUUCACUGACACCUUCUCCGGGACGCUCCGCCCUUAUUUCCGUCCCUGUCUCAACGCUGGGGGUACAAACGCGGCUCCCCUGAUAAUCUGCCCGGUCCCAGCUGAGGCCGGAGGGAAUCUCUGUCCCUGACAAUGACCCCCGUGGCACAGACUGUCCCCUCCCAGA